AUGGACGGUGGUGCCCGGAGGAACAUAUUCUCUAAUCAUUCAAAAGAUAAAGAUGAAGAUCUUAGUUUGUUCCGAGAGAUGCAUAAACAUCGAGUCCUUAGCCUUCUUCACCCUGUUUUCGAUGACUUUGAAUCCAACGGAAACUAUCCACUUUACGCCAUCCCAUCAUCAAAGAAAGGACCAGGGAUAACAUUCCUUGGAGAGACCCACAAAAAUGAUUAUGACUGGUUGAAGACACCACCCGCCACCCCUCUAUUUCCAUCCCUCGAGAUGGAAACCAUAAAUAAUCACGAGCUUGUUAUUCAACGCGAAUUGCCCAUCAUCCACCCCUCUAUUUCACGGUUUGCAGCAAAACCAGAAGAGAUGGAACCAAAGCAUAGAAGCAUUGGUGCCGAUGCAGGAAGGUCUAAAACAACAAAUCCUAAACCAAAGAUUCCAGCAAGAUCAGUAACACCUAACGGGAGGUCAAGCAGCUUGUUCACUGAUCAGAAGAAGAACAUAAAAACAGCUCCGAUCCCAUUGAUCAGCACCGUCAACAGGACUGGUGUGACCGAACUCGCCCACAAGUCGAAUACGACCCCAUCUAUAUCAAAACCAUUGAGUGAAAGAGAUGGUUGUUUCAAUUUCCUGGUUCCUGGUUUUUCAGACGAAACACCACCGAAUCUAAAGACAGAUCAAUCCACUUCGGCUUCAAGAGGACGGCCUAUUAACCAAAAAAGUAGUCAAAACACCAUAGUUGCACCUCCUCAGAAACCUAAAAUUUCCAGUAUGAGAGCAAGAAGGCAGUCGUGUUCACCGAGAGGUCGAAAAAUGAUUCUUGGAAGCAGGAUGGUGGACAAGAUUAUAAACGCCAGAAAAUCAAGCAUUGAGGAGAAAGAAACAAAGCUGAAACUCAAGGGUUCGAUCAAUGAAGGAUCUGGUUAURGAAGGAUCAUGUCGAAGAGCUCAUUAGAUAYGGAAACUAAACGAGAUACAGUUCAUUCUCGUCAAGUUGGAACAUCGAUGGGAAGAAAAUCAUCAUCCACGACUUAUCGAUGA